AUUACUGGUUAGUCCUUGAGUGACGACUAUUCCCUUCUUUGGUACCCAGAGAGUUAAAGAGCGAGAGAGAGAAAGCUCAAAUCAUCUGCACCCGUCGGACCUCUAACGACAAGUGUCGGAAAUGUUUUCAUGCUCCUCUGAGCAUCGGUUUGUGCCAGGCGAUCAAUGAGCUGUCUUCAUCACAAAAACAGACCGAUUGUCAGUUUUGAUGCCAUUCAGAUCGCCAAUGCUAGAAUGAAGGGCUCCCACUCUGUCAAGAGGCACCGCAUAACUAUACACACAUCACACACAGAUGGGCGAAAUGAAGUGGCGUCCCGUCCCGGGCGGUCAGGGGCCCGCUGUCGGAACUCCAUCGCCUCCUGUGCUGAUGAACAGCCACAUAUCGGCAACUAUAGGCUCCUCAAAACCAUCGGCAAGGGCAACUUUGCCAAGGUCAAAUUGGCACGACACAUUCUUACAGGACGAGAGGUGGCCAUAAAAAUAAUUGAUAAGACACAACUUAAUCCUACCAGCCUUCAAAAGCUCUUCAGGGAAGUAAGAAUAAUGAAGAUUCUAAAUCAUCCAAAUAUUGUAAAACUCUUUGAGGUCAUAGAAACAGACAAGACACUUUAUCUGGUGAUGGAGUACGCCAGUGGUGGGGAGGUGUUUGACUACCUCGUAGCACAUGGACGCAUGAAGGAGAAGGAGGCCAGAGCUAAAUUUAGACAGAUUGUUUCAGCGGUUCAGUAUUGCCAUCAAAAACACAUUGUCCACAGAGAUCUCAAGGCAGAAAACCUACUGCUGGAUGCAGAUAUGAACAUUAAGAUCGCAGACUUCGGUUUCAGUAACGAAUUUACUAUUGGGAACAAACUAGACACGUUUUGCGGCAGCCCGCCGUAUGCGGCCCCUGAACUUUUCCAGGGCAAAAAGUAUGACGGACCGGAGGUGGAUGUGUGGAGUCUGGGGGUCAUACUCUACACACUGGUCAGUGGAUCACUGCCCUUUGAUGGACAGAAUCUAAAGGAACUUCGUGAGCGGGUGUUGAGGGGCAAAUAUCGAAUUCCCUUCUACAUGUCGACCGACUGUGAGAACCUCCUGAAACGCUUCCUGGUGCUGAACCCUGUCAAACGGGGCACACUCGAGCAAAUCAUGAAGGAUCGAUGGAUCAACGCAGGCUGUGAAGAGGACGAGCUCAAACCGUUUGUGGAGCCGGAGCUCGACAUCUCGGAUCAGAAGAGAAUUGAUAUUAUGGUGGGAAUGGGCUACUCACGGGAGGAGAUCCACGAAUCUCUAACCAGGAUGAAGUACGAUGAAAUCACGGCUACCUACCUGCUUUUAGGCAGGAAGUCCACUGAGUUGGAGGUGAGUGAUUCCAGCUCCAGUAGUAACCUCUCUCUAGCCAAGGCCAGACCCAACAGCGAGCACAAUAACGGCCAGUCGCCAUCUCACCUCAAAGUCCAAAAGAACAUCUCCUCCAACCAGAAACAGCGUCGUUACAGUGACCAGGCUGGUCCAACCAUUCCCUCGGUGGGUUACCCCAAGAGAAGUCAGACCACUUCUGCAGAAAGUGACCAUAAAGAGGAGGGCAGUGCACAGGCACGUAAGUCCAGCUCAUCUGGAAGCCGUGGCAUGGCUCCACCCAGCCCCAUGUUGGGCAAUGCCAACAACCCAAACAAGGCUGACAUUCCUGAUCGCAAAAAGAGCGCCGGUGCCCCUGGGAGCAAUUCUGUGUCUAGCGGUAUGACCAGGAGAAACACGUACGUGUGUAGUGAGAGGAAUGCCACAGACCGCCACGCCGUCAUCCAGAAUGGCAAAGAGAACAGUCUGAGUGAAAUGUCGGGAUGUGUCAGCACGAGUCCGACGGCUUACGCUGUGGCUCUCGCCACCUCAUCGGCCUCGGUCCGUCUGCGCCACCAAAAGGCCACGUCCCUCUCUGCCUCCGGACACACCUGCCGUGUCACCUUGCCGCCCGAAGGCAGCUCUGACCUCUUCAGGCCCAAUACGAGCGCAGCUCAGACGAGUCAGCGGAACCCUGGUUCCUCCACCCACAGUAUUAGUAGCGCGACUCCCCCGGACCGCCUUCGUUUCCCACGAGGCACGCUGAGCCGCAGCACUUUCCACGGAGGCCAGCUGAGGGAGCGACGCACAGCCACCUAUAAUGGACCCCCUGCCUCUCCAACCUUAUCGCACGACGCCACGCCACUCUCACAGUCCCGGAGCCGCGGAUCAACAAACCUCUUCACGAAGCUCACAUCCAAGCUCACACGCAGCCCUCAUGCUCCAGAAUCCACCUCUAGAAGUAGCAGGAUUUUCUGAUUCUGAUUUUCCAGCUCUUCCUUUUUGACCUACCCAGAUGAAUUGUUCCUCUAGGUGGUCUCGCAAAUCCCAGCGCUUUUAUUCCCGCCAGUGCUGUUAUGACAGUUUGCUUUUCAAUGGAGAACUUGUGAUUUGUGUAAUCCAGACGUUGGUCAGAUGUCCCUUUUAAAAUGACUGCAAAUAAAGACUUUGUAAGCUCCUGUUCUUUAUAAAUGAGAGAACUUGGAUUAUUUUAUUUGCUGCAUGUUCAUUAAAGUUAGUUAUAAAUAAGUUUGGCCUUUAAAAAAAAAUCAGGAUAUAUACAAGUUAAAUUCUAUUGACAGCAUCUGUGGCCCAUUGUCAAGUAACACAACAUAAAUUGUACUUAUUCCUCAGUUUUGUUAAAAAAAAUUUUUUUUUAAAAAAUGUAUUCAGUGCUGGUAAAACCGUGACUAAAAUGAUUUAAAAUCACUGCAUAGUUUAAAUAUUAUUUAUAUUUUAUUAAAACAAUAUUUAAAUGAUUUCAAAUAUGUGAAAUAUGUAUUCUCUGCACAUUUUUAAUAUUUCAAAUAUGCAGGGAUUAUAGUGUGUAAUUACAGCAUCUACAAGCAGGGUUUUUCUUUUCUUUUUGUUCUUUUUCUUUUUUUUUUGCCACAGAUGCUAUCAAGAGAUCUAAAGUUGUAUUUAACCCGUAAUAUUCCUUUCAGAAGUGGCAUGAUGCUGCAAGGAUGCUGUCACAGUGGCUGUUGAUCCGUUUCACAGUUUGCCUCUAAUUGUUGCCCCAUAAGAGCACUUCUCGGCCACCGUCCUCUCCUCUGACUGCUGCACACUGCCCACGCCGCUGCAUGACCUCUCCUAAUCUCUUUUUCAUGUUCUACUCUGUAGAAUGGAUUAUAAAUGUCUUCUUAUAACUGAAUUUAUCUGUAUUAAAUGUGUUUUGUAUUAUGUAGCAUUAAUGCAGUGGGUAAUCUAGCGAACUGUACAUGUGACCAUACAUUUAGAAACAGCCCAUCAUAUACAGAUGCCUAUGAGAAAAUAAGCAUUUUUAUGCUAAAAUAAUUUGUGCAUAUCUAAACUGAUAUAUCAUACACUACUAUUCAAAAGUUUGAGGUCAGUCAGAUUUUUAAAUAUUUUUAAAAGAAGUCUCUUAUACUCACCAAGGCUCUAUGUUUUUAAAUAUACAGUAAAAACUGUAAUAUUGUAAAAUAUUAUUACAAUUUAAAAUAAGUUUUCUAUUUGAAUAUAUUCCUGUGAUCAAAGCUGAAUUUUCAGCAUCAUUACUCCAGUCUUCACUCCCUACAGAUAUCAUUCUAAUAUCCUGAUUAGGUGCAUUAAUUUGAAAUAAAAAUCUUUUGUAAUAUUAUAAAUGUUUUUACUUUCAAUUUUGAUCAAUUUAAUGCAUCCUUGCUGAAUGAAAGUAUUUAUUUCUUUAAAGAAAAUUAAUAAAAUACUGACCCUAAAUUUUUGAACGGUUGUGUACGUGUCGGUGAAUUGUGAAUUUUUAAUUAAAAAGAAACUUUCCUAAAAAGUAAAGUGUCAUGUGGUUGGGGUAAGUUGUGCCAGCAGCAGCUUUCAGCUUUAUUCUCAUUUCAGUUGAUAGCAGAUAUCCUGAAAUAUUCAUUAAUAUGCUAAAAAAUAAUGAAUAUUAAAUAUUAAUAAUUAGCUAUAUUAAUUUCACUGCGGUCCCAUUUCUCCCUGCCUUGAAGAGAGCUUGAGUAAAAAGUGGCACAACUUACCCCACUCUGCCCCACAUUUUCUCUUUUAAGCAAUUGUGCAUUUUUUUAAAUUAAUUGUGAGAAACGCCUUCCUUUUACAUCUCUCUUUCCAGACAGAAUGAGUUCAGUUGUGUCCACUGCAUGGAAACUAUUUAGAACAGGAAGUUGAAUCAUAGGGUACAGGAAGGGUAUCUGUAAUCCCCUCUAUCCCUCCAUGAAGGUCAACUUUAAGUGCAUGUCCAAUAUUCCUCUCCACUUGCACAGGAAAUUGUAUCUGUUGGUGGCGUUUUCUCCUUAUUGUCUUUGGUUUUCUAUUUUUCUUUUCUUCUAGGAUGUCUGAAACACUACUGUUUUCUUAUCUUUCUUUCCUUUAUCAGUGAGUCUCAGAUUUUCUUGCCUCUAAACUAUUUUUCUCUUUUUCAUCCUGGUCU